AUGGCUCUGAUCUAUCGUUCAAUUGCAAAGUCCAUUAAUUUUAUCUCACUGACCAUGUUACGACCAUCAGCGCCUUCGGUGUCAAUCCCGACCAACCUCCCGACAUCACCGACAUCGCCCACAGUUCAAUCGCCAUCCACGACAUUCGACAUUGUAUCAUACUAUAAUGAACUGCUCAAGUCGGACGAAUCCAUCACACCGCCCAUAGCGGCCAUCGAAUCACUCAUCUCACUCCUCGCCACGACGCCACUAACCACCAUCUCCGAAACCCUGGCGUUACUGACGACACACACGACCAAACUCCUCGCAGCACAGCGGAAUCCGAUCCCUUUGUCCGCAGGGACGGAACUCUUCCAACGCUAUCUGGUGUCUUCGUUCCAACAGCGACCGUCCUCGCUGGCGAACUCGGACUUCUCGACACUCCGCCACAACAUCAUUACCAACAGCUCGCUGUUCGUGAAGCGCGCGAACGAGGCGCGCGUCAAGAUCGCCCAACUGGCUCUGCGCUUCGUCCGCGACGACUCCACCAUCAUCACGUACGGCUACAGCCGCGUCGUGCAGAAGAUGCUCACGCACGCCGCCGAGGCCGGCCGAUACUUCCGAGUCGUGUACGUGCUCCCACCCUCAAGCAACACCACCGGCACCGGCAACACCUCAACCAUGCUGACAGAUUCCAUCGCCGCACUCAACGCCCUCUCCAUCCCGACGAGCACCAUCCCGAUCCACGCGUUGAGCUACGCCCUGGCCUCACUGCCGAGCUCGCCCGCCGCCCCGCCGCAGUUCAUCACCGGCGCUGCCGCCGUGCUGGAGAACGGGUCAAUCAUCACACAGUUCGGCACGCAUCAAAUCGCACUGGUGGCCCGCUCCGUGGCGAUCCCGUUCUACGUCGCCGCCGAGUCGUACAAAUUCGUGCGCAGCUUCCCACUGGGCGGUGGACAGGGCGACCUGGCCAAGAUGGGCGUCAAGCAGCAUGUCCUGCAGUUCAGCACCGGUACUGGUUCGGGUACGAGUGGUUCGUCCGCUGCCGCGAACCAGGUCGUCAACGUCGAGGAUAUGGUUGAGUUGACCCCGCCGGAUCUGAUCGAGGCGCUGUUCACCGAGACGGGCAUCAUGACGCCCGAUGCGGUGAGUGAGGAGCUGAUCAAAUUGUGGUUUUGA